GAUUUCGCACAAUGCUAGGCGAAGUGCCGGGUCACGCAGGACGAUUGGUGUUCGGGAAAUUAGGUGGCCAGGAUAUCGUCCUCAUGCAGGGCCGUUUCCACACGUACGAAGGCUAUCCAAUCUCGACAUGCGCGAUGCCCGUGCGCGUGUUUCACCUCAUGGGGGCGCACACGCUCAUCGUCACGAAUGCGUCCGGCGGCCUCAACCCGGCCUUCAACGUCGGAGAUCUUAUGGUCAUCAAGGACCAGCUGUACUUCCCCGGGUUUGCCGGUGACAACCCCCUACGCGGGAUCAACGACGACAGGUUUGGGCCGCGCUUCAUCGCGAUGAGCAACGCCUACGACCAGAAGCUGCUGAAGCUGGCGCUGAAGGUUGGCAACGAGCUGGGCUUCACGAGCUUCAUGCGCGAGGGCGUCUACACGAUGCUCGGUGGACCGUCGUUCGAGACGAUUGCCGAGGGACGCAUGCUGCGGCUGCUCGGCGGCGACUCCACGGGUGAGUGAGAGAGUCGCCGCAUCUCGCU